AUGCACCCAGGGUUCCCGGCAGCCCCUGGAGUCCCAGAGCCCAGCCCCCGCGAGCUGUGCACCUUCGUGAGUGGGGCAGCUGCCCGCGUGCUCCGCGUGCUGCAGCCACGAAAAUCCCGGCCCCCCAAGAGGAGGCUCAACCAUCGGCGCUUCCUGCACAACCAGAUCUGCAGGCAGUUUGCCAGGAUUGAGGCUGCCACCCAGCACCUGGCCAGGUCCAUCCUGUCCCAGGAGGUGCCCACCUGCAGACCACCGCCGCCGCCACCACCACAGCCGUCUCUCUUCCUUGGGGUGGCUUGUGCUGUGGCCCCCCUGGAGGAGGAUCCAGAGGGCCCCGGCCUGAGUCUUGCUGCCCUGGAUGCCACAGCCACCCUGGAGCUCUUUGAGGACAUCACCCUCACCUUGCAAAGCCCCUGGAUGUCCUCAGACCCCUCCCGCCCUGCACUGGAACAGCCAGACCUGGGGCAGAUUCUCGUCUCCCGGCCCACGUUCGACUCACCUGCACCCUGGAGCAAGCGCGCUCGCACCCCGCACGCGCAGGGCCCGGCGCCCGCCACUCAUCCCUGCCGCCGCUUCCUAUUGGUCGCUCUCGCCGCCCGCGGGGGGAGCGAAGAAGUCGCGCUCGCGGAUUCGCUGGACUGUGGGCGGGGCCGAAACUGGUGA